CAACGUCAUUUUGGGGUCCUUUAUCCGGUGCGCAUCUCCAUCACAAAUUCGACAAGAUUGUAAAACGUUCAAUCUCUCAACAAAGUUUUUCUUUAGCUGAUAGUCGCACAUGAAAAAUAUGCUAAAUUUCUAAAACUAGAUAUAGAUAGCCGACCAUUUGUAGGAGGAACUUUCAAUGUAAGUUUCUCUAGGACCGAGAGUCAGAUCGCCAAACCACGCACCCACCAACCAACCCACAGAACCAAAAGCCCACACGUUCUUCUUCUUAUUCAAUAAACAUAAUUGAUAAUCUCCGCUUGACUAUUAUUAUUAUUUUGGUACUGAAUUCAUAUAGAAGAAUCCUCAGCUUCAAUUCUUCUUCCUUCAAAUGAAAAAUUUCCAUAGAUUUUCAUGAUUUGUACGCCUUUUUUCCAUCUGGGUAUGCUUCAGAACCAGAAGUUUUCAAUACCCAGAAGAUGAAUCGUUCUCCAAAACAGUUUAGCUGAUGAAAUUUCAUUGAAUUUGUUUUAUUGGAAUCUUAUCUGGGCCUGCUUUAAAAACGCCCUAAAAUGUUCGUCUCUCUAUCUUCAACCGGCUCAUGGUUGUUACCUCUUGCUACAAGCAAUGGGAGUUCUAAUAGAUCCUCUAGAUUUGUUGUUUCGAGUGGUAAAGGAAUGAGUUUGUUUUAUAGUAAGCCGAACAAGGAACAGAAGAAAGUUGUUUGUGCUUGUGUGGCGACUCCAAGGAACUUGGGAAGUGAUGAAUUGUCUUCUGCUAAAUUCAAUGAUUCACUGAAUUCAGAGAAUUUAAACACCUUGUGGGAGCCUGGGGAUGAUUGUGAGGUUCUUAUCGAGUGCCGAAAUGUCUACAAGUCAUUUGGAGAAAAGCAUAUAUUGAGAGGUGUGAGCUUCAAGAUUAGACACGGCGAAGCUGUUGGAAUAAUUGGGCCUUCUGGCACUGGCAAAUCUACUAUUCUGAAGAUUAUGGCUGGACUACUUUCUCCGGACAAGGGAGAGGUUUAUAUUCGAGGUAGAAAGAGAGCUGGUUUGAUCAGUGAUGAGGAGAUAUCUGGUCUUCGAAUUGGAUUGGUGUUCCAAAGCGCAGCUCUUUUUGAUUCAUUGACUGUUCGUGAAAAUGUUGGUUUCCUUUUAUAUGAAAAUUCAAGAAUGCCUGAAGAUCAAAUUUCAGAGCUCGUGAAGGAAAAUUUGGCGGCGGUUGGAUUAAAAGGAGUUGAGGAUCGAUUGCCAUCUGAGUUGUCUGGUGGAAUGAAGAAAAGAGUUGCUUUAGCUCGGUCUAUUAUUUUUGAUACCACAAAGGAGUCAAUCGAACCUGAGGUUCUUUUGUACGAUGAACCAACAGCUGGACUCGAUCCUAUUGCAUCCACUGUAGUUGAAGAUCUUAUCCGUUCAGUUCAUAUGAAAGGUGAAAAUGCAGUUGGGAAACCGGGGAAUAUUGCAUCUUACGUGGUUGUUACUCACCAACAUAGUACCAUUAGAAGAGCGGUUGACAGGUUGAUAUUUCUCCAUGAGGGUAAAAUUGUUUGGCAAGGGAUGACUGAUGAAUUCACAACAUCAGACAAUCCAAUUGUCCGACAGUUUGCUUCAGGGAGCCUUGAAGGACCCAUAAGAUACUAAGGCAUACGCUACCAUGAUGUGUUUGUGAUGAUGAAACAUGGCUUAAGAGAUUAGUUUACUUCAGAGGAGUUUCCAGAUAGGUAUGUCAGCAUUUUGUCAGUCUCUGCUGGAAAUUUUGCCAUCCUUGCUGCUUCUGAAGCUUUUAAUAAAGUUUUUCUUGCCUCCAUGAGCGAGUUCAUUUGUCAAUUCAUAGUUUCCCUUGACGGGGACUGACAGAUUUGAGAUCUGUAUUAUGAUAGUUCAUUGUUUUUAAAUUUAGUGAAUUUUGUGAAUCUGGCUACGGUUUCAGCCUCAUUCUAGGAACUGAAAACUCAUUGUUGAAAGAGUUGUAUACUAAUUGUUAUUUCAAUCAGAAGGGAAAAUUAUCAA